AUGCCGCUGGAGAAAUCCCGCAGUGGACUCGCUAUUCCUGACCGAGAUAGAAGUGGGCACCGAUCUGCUGCGGCCCUUGUGGAGAAGGGGAUCAAGAGGAAACGCCCGAGCUAUCGAAAAGCGGCAGUUAGGCUGAUCGCUUCAUUGCGAGGUGCCCGGACUGAGCUCUGGAACGAGCAGCUGUCCUCGAACUUGUCGAGUCCUUUCUUUGAAGCCUUGCUGCGACUGCCGAAUGAGCUUCACAUUCUGAUCUUGAGUCAGCUCUCCAUCUCAGAUCUGCUAGCAUUGCGUAGGACAUGUCGCAUUCUGAACGUGCUUGUGGCAGGUUCUGCGCCUUCGCUCAGUCGCUACUGGGUGAAGCACCGAAUGGGCAACCUUCAUCUGCGUCUGUACCCAACUGCAAGACCGUGUGAUGCCGACUUUCCAUAUCUCCUCGCCAUGCGGCGCAGGCAUAUUGCCUCAAUUCGAUUGAGCCGACAGCUUGCCAACUGCCUGCUGGGUGAUGUGCAAGACCAAGUCGAAUCUCGCCAGAAGCAGCUGUGGACAUCUGUCUAUGAAAAAAUGUUGCCACUUGUGUUUGGUGUUGGCUACUUCCUCGAAGAGCAUCGCCGAGCCGUCUUAGACAGAGAUCUGGGACAAAUACGACCACGGUCGCACAUUGGAUAUGACAUCUGCACCACGGGGAGCAUGACCAUCCAAGACAUGGAGACGAUGAAGAAGAUGGAUGCGCCCCUGCGGCUACAGUACUUCUACAUGUAUUGCUUCAUAUUGCAGGUGUUGAAGCGGAAAUUGCGCCCUGCAGGCCGGACUAGAACAGUCGGCAAGUUCCUGAGAGGAUGGUCAAGCUAUCCGGCUUGCUCUGAAGAUAUUGCCUUCUUCCUCAUACUGGGUGGUAUCGGACAAGUUGCGAAACUGCUCGCGUGUCCCACGUAUACUGACCGGAGGAGACACCUUCACGCGCACAUCACACACUUGUCGCCGCACGCGAGCAAAUGCUGGCGGGCUCAUUGGAAAGAUGUCGGUGUCGUUUCGCCCGCACUGCUAGACGAUAUACCGUGCACCAGUGUUGGUAUCACACAGCUCGACCAAAUCUGGGAGCCGGGGAUAGCGGAGCUGAUGAAGCCGGAGAGCCGAGCCUUCACUGCCGCAGAGAAAGCGCGGUACGAAGAAUUGCGGGGUUCGAAAAAGUACAUCAACGAAAUCAUGGGCUACGACAUCUUGCGCGUGUCGGCUCCAGAGUGCUUGGACAUUGACGACGAAGUGGAGGACAGGAGGCCAUAG